GGAGGAUGAGAAUUAGAUCUGUUCGUAAAGCUCCCUGACGUUGCAGUCGUCUUUCCUUCCUGGGUACUUGAACAAGUUCUGGCUGGAGCCAGAGCAGCAUCGGGGAGAGGACCUGGUGAGGAGUGACCACUCAAGUGGAGUGAUCGUGCGGAGGGAUUGAUCGUUUGCGCAUCGUGUAGCACGCGGUGCUGGGCGUGCUUUGAUUUCUGCAGGUUUGAAUCGCUCUUAAGAUGGCGUUUCCUAGGGGGAGGCAAGAGCCUCGCCGGAGCUCAUCUUUCUACAUCAUCUCUGGAGCCGUAUUUGUCGCUGCUUUACUAAUUGGUGUCUGGGUUUAUUCCAGUCCGGCACCCGUCCGUGAAGAAUCAAGAGUUUCUAGUGCUACCUCGAAAGAUGCUUCAUCUUCUUUUGAUGAGUCAGCGAGCGAUAACACAGUUGUAGACGAGUCUCCGAAUACUUCCAAAUCUGAUGAGGCGCUGGAUGAGCCUGCUGAUAAAGAAACCCUGACCACAGGGACUACUGAAACCACUUCUAAUGAGUCUGAUGCUUCACAAGGCAAUGAGUCUGAUGAGGAGAAGGAAGCGUCGGAAGACACACCCUCUGAUGAUGCGACCUCCACUACCACAGACAGUGCUUCACCUGUUUCAGAAGAGGAGAAGAUCAUCGAAGAUCAGCAAGAUCAGGCGACAACACCUGCUGUUAUUGAGUCAGAAGUGGGUAAGAAUCACGAUGAGAAGUUCAAGUGGAAGCUGUGCGAUUGGGAGAGUUCUCAGGACUACAUUCCUUGUUUAGAUAACAAGAAAUGGCUCGACACGCACAGACGCCACAAGCACUACGAGCACAGGGAGCGACAUUGUCCAUCGGAAGAAGAGUUGCCCAAGUGCUUGGUUCCCAUCCCAGCUGGUUACAAGCCUCAUGUCAAGUGGCCUGAGAGCAGGGAUCAAAUUUGGUAUAACAAUGUACCUCACACUGGUCUUGUUUCCUACAAGGCAGAUCAACAGUGGGUGAAGAAAGCUGGUGACAAGUUGGUUUUUCCAGGUGGUGGUACCCAGUUCAUGCAGGGUGCAGGACACUACAUUGACUUUGUCCAGAAGAUAUAUCCAGCUAUUGAGUGGGGAAAGCAUACACGGGUUUUGUUGGACGUCGGAUGCGGAGUGGCUAGUUUCGGGGGCUAUUUGUAUGAUAGGAACGUACUUGCAAUGUCCUUCGCGCCGAAGGAUGAGCAUGAGGCUCAAGUGCAGUUUGCUCUGGAAAGAGGAAUUCCAGCAUUUUCAUCAGUCAUGGGGACUCAACGCCUUGUGUUUCCCAGCAAUUCUUUCGAUGGUGUGCAUUGCGCUCGCUGCCGUGUCCCUUGGCAUGUUGAUGGCGGUUUGCUAUUGCUGGAGUUGAACAGGGUCUUGAGGCCUGGAGGCCUAUUUUUAUGGUCUGCUACCCCUGUUUACCAGGACCUGGAAGAGGACGUACAAAUCUGGAAAGAAACCACGGCUUUGGCGAAAGAUAUGGGCUGGGAGAUGGUUGCCAAGGAAUUCGACGAGGUGUCUAGAGUUGGUGUAGCAAUUUUUAAGAAACCUGAAAAUAACACUGCGUACGAAAAGCGAGAAGGCGACGUGCCCGAAAUUUGUCCUGAAGAUAACAAGCCCAAUGCUGCUUGGUAUGUUAAUAUGACUACAUGUCUGCACAAGAUUCCUGACACCAAGCGCACUGAAUGGCCCGAAGAGUGGCCUCUGCGAGUGAAGGUUGCUCCUAAAUGGUUGAGUGAGAAGGACACUGGUAUAUAUGGGAAGGCCGCCCCUGAAGAUUUCCGUGUGGAUACUGAGCACUGGAAUAAUGUUGUCAAUAAGACAUACUUGACUGGUCUUGGGAUGGAUUGGACCACUAUCAGGAAUGUGAUGGACAUGAGGGCCGGUUAUGGAGGAUUUGCUGCUGCUCUCAUUGACCAACCAGUGUGGGUACUGAACGUUAUCCCCUCCGAUGAGCCAGACACUCUACCUAUCGUAUAUGACCGAGGUCUGAUUGGAAUGUACCAUGAUUGGUGUGAACCGCACAGCACUUAUCCUAGGACUUAUGAUCUUCUCCAUGCGAAUCACGUCGUCAGCUCAGUUGAAAGCAGGUGUGGCGUCGUAAACCUGGUCAUGGAGAUGGAUCGCAUUUUGCGGCCGGAUGGUUGGGCUAUUUUCCGGGACAAAAAGGAGACUUUGGCUAAGGUAGCUGAGAUUGUUAAGUCACUUCACUGGGAUGUGACCUUGACCUUCAACAAGGAGAAUGAAGAGCUCCUUGCAGUCCAGAAGAGAUUUUGGAGACCAGAAGCAUCGUCAUAAUUGUGUCAACCUUAGUGUGCAGCAAAUUCAGAAGUUGUGAAGUUACGUAUUCUCAGACUGUAGGGUUUAGGUUAGAGCAACUAGACUAGAAAAUCAUAUGGAGAUUCUGUCUUUUACAACUGUAUUUCCACGUUGUCCCAUUUAUUCUGUUGACAACUUGAUUCCAAAAUCAUUUGUAACGACUCGUUGCAUAGUUCUGCGUUCCCACAUUCCUUCCGAGAGGAAUCAGAAAUCGUGCGUCAUGGGCCUUGAUCAUCCUGCAGAUCGGCUGGGGCCGCACCCUCACUCUCUAAAGCUUUCAAAUUGAUAAGUUUUUUGAAAGAGCUUUUGAGAGAGAAAAUUAUAGCCCUGCGGUUGUAACUCAUUCCCUCAGCAUAAUACAACACUGGACACAACCUUUCUCAA